AUGGUUACAGCUCGAAAGCUAAGGCCCUACUUCUUAUCACAUCGCGUAGUGGUUCGAACCGCCUUACCCUUCAGACAAGUGCUGGGAAGGCCAGAUCUUUUAGGACGCAUGGUGAAAUGGGCCGUGGAGUUAGGAGAAUAUGAUGUGGAUUAUGAGCCGAGGAUGGCUAUCAAGGCCCAAGCCCUUGCGGAUUUUAUUCAAGAAACUACUCGUUGCCCUGUUCAAGAGUUUUGGGUGGCUUUCAUAGAUGGAUCGGUUACAAAAGAGGGAUGCGGGAUCGGAGUGUAUAUGAUUUCUCCAGGAUCAGAGGUAUACCAAUUCUCUAUUAAAUUCACCUGUAAGAUAUCCAACAAUGAAGCCGAGUAUGAGGCCGCGGUCAGAGCAGCACAUAUUUUGUCAGAGCUACGGGCGGAAUGUGUCACCAUCAGAACUGACUCACAAUUAGUAGUUCAGCAACUCUCGGGAGGAUACCACAUAAAAGAGGAUCGAAUGCGGGCAUAUCAUAGCAAAAUUAUUGAAUUAAAGAAAAAAAUUAUGGAAUUCAGAAUAAAACAACUCUCGCGAGAGGAUAAUACCCGGGCAGACUUAUUGGCACGGGUUGUCAGCGCAGUGGAGCAGACGUGGAAUGAUGAGAUCACGCUUCUCUGCGACACCAGAGGAAUGGGGACUUCCCAAGUUUUUGCGGUGGAAAUCCGCAAAAACUAUUGUUUGAUCAAAGAGUCCAAUCAGAGGGCUGGAUACGAGAACUAUUGUUUGAUCAAUGAUCAACUCUACAAGCGUUCCUUCACCUAUCCCUUACUGAAAUGUUUAUCUCUUGAGGAGGCUAACUUUGCUCUGACAGAAAUUCAUGCAGGUUGCUAUGGUGGGCACACGGGAUUCAGGGAUCUUAUACGAAAAACCAUCCGGGCAGGGUUCUAUUGGCCAACCAUUACUAAUGACGCCAGAGAAUUCGUUCGCAAAUGCGAGGCUUGUCAGAGGCAUGCUGGCAGGAUUAAUGUUCCAGGGGAGACUAUGGGAGUAAUGUAUGUUGCCUGCCUGUUUGACAAAUGGGGCAUAGACAUCGUCGGGAAAUUGCCUAUGGCACCAAGGAGCAAAUGCUUUCUCAUUGUAACAGUUGAUUACUUCUCCAAAUGGGUAGAAGCCGAGGCUGUGUCAAAGAUUGACGAGAAAACGGUAGAGCGAUUAAUCUGGCGAAACAUAUGUUUCCGGUAUGGAAUCCCUAGAAUCAUUGUAUCGGACAAUGGAACCCAGUUCACAGGGCAGAGAAUCGCCAAUUUUUGUGAUCGCAUGGAUAUAACGCAACGCUUCGUUUUCGUAGCCCAUCCGCAAGAAAAUGGGUAG